AUGUCCGAUUACCCCGACUCUGACCGUAUGAUGCAGCGUGAGAGGUCUCGUUCUCCCCGUCGCCGUUCUUCCCGCAGUCCCAGACGAAGCCGUCGCUCGUACUCCCCGCGCAGCCGCUCUCGCAGCCGUGUUGAUCGUGGUGACCGUGGUGACCGAGGUGAUCGUGACGACUAUCGCCGCAACGACCGCCGUUCGCGAUCGCCUUUGAGUGCUUCUGGUGCUGCUGGACAGUCUGGCUCGCCUUACGGUGGACGCAGUGGUUACGCGCCGAAACCUUUCGAAAAUCGCUCCCACAACAAAGACAAUAUGAUGCAAUCCGUUCGCGACUCCUCCCAGCAAGACCGCCGUGUCUAUGUGGGCAAUCUUUCCUAUGAUGUGAAAUGGCAUCAUCUCAAAGACUUUAUGAGACAGGCUGGAGAAGUUCUCUUUGCCGAUGUGUUACUGCUUCCAAAUGGAAUGUCGAAGGGAUGCGGGAUUGUGGAAUACGCCACGAGGGAGCAAGCACAAAAUGCUGUCAACACUCUCAGCAACCAGAACCUGAUGGGUCGUCUCGUCUACGUUCGCGAGGACCGUGAGGCCGAGCCUCGAUUCGUCGGUGGUCCGCCCCGUAACGACUUCGGUGGAGGUGGUGGUGGUGGCCGAGGUGGUUUCGGCGGCGGUGGUUUCGGCGGACCCCCUCCUCCCCGCCAUUCCGUCUAUGUGGCGAACGUUUGUUACUCCCCUAUCCCCUAUCUACUAAAAUCGACACAGGGCUUAUUAACGGAUUCCUUCGCACAGGGUGUCACUCCAGGUCGCGAUCUCCACGUCGACCUGCACUAUGACCAUGGACGCUUCAAGGGAUCUGGUGUUGUGCACUUCGACAAUGAGGGCGAUGCGCAGAAUGCCAUUGCCAUGUUCAAUGGCCGGGAUUGGCACAACCGUGUGCUCGAGGUUCGCCCCGAUCGUUUCGCCGGUGUCCCCCGUGGAGGCUUUGGCGGCGGCGGUCGUGGUGGGUUCCCUGGACGCGGUGGGUUCGGCGGUCCUCGCGGUGGCUUUGGCGGUCCCCCUGCCUUCGGUGGUCGUGGUGGCUUCGCUGGCCGCGGCGGCUUUGGCGGUGGGUUCCGUGGUGGCUUCAAUGGCCCUCCUGCCUAUGGCGGCGGCGGCGGCAACAACUUCCAGGCUGGCCCUGCCACUCCCGGCAACGAGUUCACCGAUGGAGUCAGUGGUGGCGGUGACAAGAACUCGGAUAUCUACGUCAGCAACAACGGUGACUUGACCGAGCUCUUCAAGACCAUUGCCCAGGUGGAGCAUGCUGAGAUUCAGUAUCUUCCCGAUGGUCGCUCCAAUGGAACUGGUGUUGUCCGAUUCCAAAGCGACGAGAUGGCCGAGAAGGCAAUUGGUAAGGAUGCGGUGCUUUUAUCAUUGUACAGGAGCCAAUUGACUAAUGAUGCUGCAGACACUUUCACUGGCUACCUUUAUGGUCAGCGUCCCCUGGGUAUCACCUUCGCCAAGCGCAAUGCCCGACCGGGCCCUGAGGCUCAGGGAGAUUCCGGGGAUGUGAUGGGUGGAAUGGACCACCAGGCUCCCCAGGACCAGAUGAUGGAGCCAACAGGCAUCACUCAGGACCAGAUCAUGUAA